AUGAGUGACGGUGAGGGUUGUUUGAUAUCGUCGAAAGAUAAUGACUUGAAAAAGCCCAAGCCGUGCUGCGCUUGUCCAGAAACUAAAAAGGCUAGAGAUGAAUGUAUGAUUUUGUUCGGUGAAGAACAUUGCGGUGAAUUGAUAGAAGCUCACAAGAAGUGCAUGAGACAGUAUGGUUAUGAAGUGUAG